CUCUUUCACCCUUUUGUCCGAAACUGCAACUGCAGCAUCAUCUCUUGUUUUAGGUCUUCGCCGUCAUGAUGCAGCACCCACCUCCCGCCGCCAACGGCGCUGCCGCCGUAUCAGGACACAUCCCCUCCGACCAGCAAGCUUACCACCACCACCAGCCAUGGAUGAUGCAGCAACAACAACAGGGUCAACAGUACGGUGGUGGAUCUCAGAAUCAAGGAUCAGGUGGUGAGAUCAAAUCCUUGUGGAUCGGAGACUUGCAGCCAUGGAUGGACGAAGGCUAUCUCAUGAACAGUUUCUCUAUCACUGGCGAGGUUCAACAAGCUAAAGUCAUACGCAAUAAGCUGACCUGUUUAUCCGAAGGUUAUGGGUUUAUUGAGUUUGUGAGCCAUGCUGCAGCUGAGAGGAUUCUGCAGACUUACAACGGUGCUCAAAUGCCUGGCUGUGAACAGACUUUCAGGCUGAACUGGGCUCAGCUCGGAGCUGGAGAGAGACGCCAGUCUGAUGGGCCUGAGCACACUGUUUUCGUAGGAGAUUUGGCGCCUGAUGUUACUGACUACGUCCUUACUGAGACGUUCAAGGCUGUGUAUUCAUCUGUAAAGGGAGCGAAAGUUGUGACUGAUAGGAUCACUGGACGGUCCAAGGGGUAUGGGUUUGUGAAGUUUGGGGAUGAAAGUGAGCAGAUACGUGCCAUGACUGAGAUGAAUGGUCAGUACUGCUCGUCUAGGGCUAUGCGUAUUGGUCCAGCUGCUAACAAGAAGCCUCUUACAAUGCAACAACAACCAGGUGCAUAUCAGAACACACAAGGAAAUCCUGGAGAAAGUGAUCCAACUAACACAACGAUUUUUGUUGGAGCAUUGGAUGAAAGUGUGACAGAAGAUGUUUUGAAGUCAGUUUUUGGUCAAUUUGGUGAACUUGUUCAUGUUAAAAUACCAGCUGGAAAACGUUGCGGAUUUGUUCAAUAUGCUAAUAGGGCAUGUGCAGAGCAAGCACUCAACUCGUUGAAUGGAACACAACUUGGAGGACAAAGCAUUCGUCUUUCAUGGGGUCGCAGUCCUAACAACAAACAGACUCAACCUGAUCAGGCCCAGUAUGGUGGUGUUGGUGGUGGAUACUAUGGGUAUCCUCCUCAGGGAUAUGAAGGUUACGGAUAUGCGCCUCCUCCUCAGGACCCUAACGCCUACUAUGGUGGCUACCCUGGUGCCGGCUAUGGAAACUACCAGCAGCCUGGUGGCGGCUACCAGCAGCAUCAGCAGUGAAGCAUGAUGUGUAUGUCGUGAUCGGAGCUGAAGUUACAGAAAGCUGUCUGUGAUGUACACCACCGUUUGCAAAAUUGUGGAUUUGAGUUAUUGAAGUGGAUGUGUAUUAGAGCUCUUGUCUCAGAUUCUCCCUACUACUCUUGUUUUCUUUUGUUUGUUUUUUUCUCUCUGGAAUGACAAUUAUUGAGUGUCCUCCUUGAAGUCGCUUGUAACUGAAAUGCUUUUUGUCCUUUGGCCAUUACGUUUCUGUACUGUUUUCUUGCAUCCCCCCAAUAACAGAUUCUACAAGGCAACAAUAGCCAGUCCUGUUUUAAACAUUUUUCAACCAAGUUUAAUAAUCAUUGUGUGUUC